CAAUUCUUUUAAGGAAAAAACCUCAAAAUUUUCAUCAAUGGCGUCCACCACCAACACUAUCCUUCUAUCUUCAAAUUUCUUGCUCUCAUCCUCAGCCCCCAAAACCCGCAAAUCUCCAAGGAAUCGAUUUGUGAUCCCAAAAUCAAUAUUAAACAACAAAUCGAAUUCUUCAAAACAUCUGAUUUUUCAAUCGAAAGCUACUUUAGCUGCUUUGCUUUUUUCUUCAAUCGCAACACCACCGGCACUAGCUUUAGACACCAAUCCACCACCGUCGUCACCACCGCAAAACCCACUUCAAGCUGAACUGAUCGAACAAAACCCAUUAAAAAGUUCUUCGCUUUUCUCCCAACAGAAUGUCUUAACUGCUCCAAAACCCCAGGCGAGCUCUGAUUUGCCUGAGGGCAGUCAAUGGAGAUACAGUGAGUUCUUGAACGCAGUCAAGAAAGGGAAAGUUGAAAGGGUUAGGUUUAGCAAAGAUGGUGGUGUCUUGCAGCUCGCCGCCGUGGACGGCCAUAAAGCCACCGUGAUUGUUCCCAACGACCCUGAUCUUAUCGACAUCUUGGCAAUGAACGGUGUUGACAUAUCUGUGUCAGAAGGGGAAGCUAGUAAUGGCUUGUUUGGGUUCAUUGGUAACUUGUUGUUUCCACUGUUAGCUUUUGGCGGUUUGUUUUUCUUGUUCCGCCGAUCCCAAGGUGGCCCUGGAGGGCCGGGAGGGCUCGGUGGACCAAUGGAUUUUGGCAGGUCGAAAUCCAAGUUUCAGGAAGUUCCUGAAACCGGCGUCUCGUUUGCAGACGUAGCCGGAGCUGAUCAAGCCAAGUUAGAAUUACAAGAAGUUGUUGAUUUCUUGAAAAACCCAGAUAAGUAUACAGCUCUUGGAGCUAAAAUCCCCAAAGGAUGUCUCUUGGUCGGACCACCAGGAACCGGAAAGACCCUUUUAGCUCGAGCAGUGGCCGGAGAAGCCGGUGUGCCGUUUUUCUCAUGUGCCGCCUCUGAAUUCGUUGAAUUGUUUGUGGGUGUUGGUGCUUCUCGUGUUAGAGAUUUGUUUGAGAAGGCCAAAUCCAAAGCACCUUGCAUUGUGUUUAUAGAUGAGAUAGAUGCAGUUGGGAGGCAAAGAGGUGCAGGUCUUGGUGGUGGAAAUGAUGAAAGAGAACAAACUAUCAAUCAACUGUUGACCGAGAUGGAUGGGUUUUCGGGCAAUUCGGGUGUUAUAGUUUUGGCAGCCACGAACCGGCCAGAUGUUCUUGAUUCGGCGUUGUUAAGGCCAGGGAGGUUCGAUCGACAGGUUACAGUUGAUCGCCCUGAUGUUGCUGGCCGAGUCAAGAUCCUACAGGUGCAUUCGAGGGGAAAGGCACUUGCAAAAGACGUAGAUUUUGAUAAAAUCGCAAGGCGAACCCCGGGAUUCACUGGUGCUGAUUUGCAAAAUCUGAUGAAUGAAGCAGCCAUUCUUGCAGCUCGGCGUGAACUAAAGGAAAUAAGCAAAGAUGAAAUAGCAGACGCAUUAGAACGGAUCAUUGCUGGGCCAGAGAAGAAAAACGCUGUUGUCUCGGAAGAAAAGAAGAGGCUCGUUGCCUAUCACGAAGCUGGGCAUGCUCUAGUUGGUGCACUGAUGCCCGAAUACGAUCCAGUAGCCAAGAUAUCCAUCAUUCCUCGUGGUCAAGCCGGUGGUCUGACCUUUUUCGCUCCAAGUGAAGAAAGGCUCGAGUCUGGUUUGUACAGCAGAAGCUAUCUUGAAAACCAAAUGGCGGUUGCACUCGGUGGAAGGGUUGCCGAAGAGGUUAUUUUUGGACAUAACAAUGUUACGACAGGCGCGUCUAAUGACUUCAUGCAAGUUUCGCGGGUGGCAAGGCAGAUGGUAGAGCGGUUAGGAUUCAGCAAGAAAAUCGGUCAAGUUGCUAUCGGUGGAGGUGGCGGAAAUCCGUUCUUGGGCCAACAGAUGUCGUCCCAGAAAGAUUACUCGAUGGCAACAGCAGAUAUAGUAGACGCGGAGGUGCGGGAGCUAGUCGAGAAGGCGUAUGCACGAGCAACAGAGAUCAUGACUACACAUAUUGAUAUCUUACACAAGCUCGCUCAACUCCUUAUCGAGAAAGAGACGGUAGACGGGGAAGAAUUCAUGAGCCUCUUCAUCGAUGGCAAGGCGGAACUCUAUAUUUCGUAGAUUUUGUGUUCAUUUUAUAGCGUAAGCUUGUGAAUAGGUGGGAUUAAUAGCUAGAUUCUCGAUUCCUAUAGAUCAUACUUCCAUUCAAAUCCAAGGAAUUAAACCCUAAAAACCGUUAAUUUACCUGAUCUCAAAGGAAUCCUUGGCGACAAUUCUA